GAAACAUUUGCUGCAUCCGGGUAACAUCAGCCUGGCAGUGCGUGCUAAAAGCUCGAACGAGGUGCCCCCCCGACAAUCUCAAUCGCACACUUCCCCCUCCCCCUUCCUCGCACCACAAUAACAAAAUGGACGCACAGUUCCUCGAAGACCAGGUCCUAGACCUCGCGAGCCAGCUCCUCACGGCGAGGCUUGAACCCGACGCAACCGACGACGUUGCGUCCAAGUUCGCCCCCGACGCCGUGCUCGACACGCCGGCGUACCGCGCGCGCGGGAGCCAGAGUAUCGCCGACACGCUGGCGCUGCACAGCCACUUUGGCAGCGGCGAGGUCGCCAAGUCGGAGUGGGACGACGAGAAGAAGACGUCGACCCUGUCCAUCAAGCUCUCCUACGCCCUGCCCACCGACAAGCUCCCCUGGCCGCUCACGCUCGCGCAGCACCUGCACCUCCCGUUCGAGUACCACAAGGUGCGCGUGCAGCUCGCCGCCGACGAGAGCGUGCCGACGAGCUCGGACGCCGCCUCGCCCUCAAAGUACCACGUCUCAAAGGUCACCGUGCCGCACAGGAAGCAGCACCGCCUGCUGCACCUGUUCGAGCGGGUCGUGCUCUUCCUCCUGGUCCCCUUCGUCCCCUUUGUCGUCUUCCUCGGCGUCGUGGUCAUGAAGUUCCUCCAUAGGCACCCGCUUGCCGAGGGCGCCAUCAAGCUGUACUUUGCCGCGGUCAAGGAGAUUGUCGUAUUCUUCUGGCGCGCGGCGGUCGACAUUGUCCGCGUGCUCAUUCCCGUCGGCGCCCUCGCCGCCGACAAGAUUACGCAGAUCCAGGACGAGCAAAACGGAACCUCGACCGACGUCGGCGCGUCGCCCACUGCUAGCCCGGUGCGCCGCGAGUCCCGCCUGGUGGUCGAGGAGCGCAAGGUGGAGGUGAAGAAGGAGAAGGAGCACAAGCACAAGGCCGAGCACAAGCCGAAGCACGAGUCGAAGAAGGCCGAGCCCAAGCCCAAGGCCGCCGAGCCCAAGGCCCAGCCUACGAGCGAAGUCGCGCGCGAGGAGCAGGCGGCGGAGGAGCACCGCGCGCCGCACCCUCUCUCGAAGGACGAAGUCCACGUCGCGCCCUCGCCGGCCGGCGCGCCGUCCUUUGCCGCCGCGGCGGCCGAGCAGCCGGGCGACAAGGCCGAGCGCACCGAGGUCGCGCGCGAGGAGCAGGCGGCCGAGCAGCACACGGCGCCGCACCCGCUGUCGAAGGACGAGGUGCACGUCCCGCCUGCGCCGGCUGGCGCGGUGUCGUUCGCGGCCGCUGCUGGCGAGCACCCGUCCACCGAGUCGUCGUGCUCUGGCUCGCCGCCCUCCGAGGGCGCUGCUAAGAAGAAGAAGACGAACAAGAAGAAGAACCACACCAAGAGUCAGCUAUAGUGUGUCCCUAGUCGUCGCGGUAUACUAUGUCACUUGUGGUUCUGCA